UGGUAAAACUUUUUAAAAAUGGACUGAACAAAACAAAAUCUCUUGUGACCCAAUUAAUACAAUUUGAAGGCUAUUUUAAUAGCUGUUGUUUGGACUAAAGUCAAUGUAAAGUUUGAAUUCCAAUGUCAAAUGCAUAAUUUCAGUCAGUACUGAUCAACUGAGAAAUGAACUCCUUGGGAAUAGCUACAGACUUUCCAUGGAUGAAAAUUGUUCCCAUCUCUCUAGCACUACCAGGUGUGACAAAAUGAUAUUCAAAGUGUUCCAGCCCAUUGUGAAUCCUGCUACAUUGAAAAGGAGUCUGAUCUUUCAGGUUUUUUUUCACAGACUGCAAAGAGGAAAUAGCACUAUGGAAAAUCAAUCAGGAGUUGGUGAAUUCCUUCUGCAUGGAUUCCCUGACACUAAGGAGCUAAGAAUAGUUCAUAUCACCAGUUUUUUAGUAAUUUAUUUGGUAGCACUCACUGAGAAUCUCAUUAUUAUCACCGUCAUUCUUCACAGUCAUCAACUUCACUCACCCAUGUAUUUUUUUCUAGCCAACCUAUCUUUCCAAGAUCUUGGUUCCAUCUCUGUCACAGUUCCUAAAUCACUACUGAAUUCUUUGAUGAACACUGAAACUAUUUCUUACUCUGGGUGUCUCUGUCAAAUUUUCUUCUUUGUUUUCUUUGUAAUGUCUCAUCUCUUCCUCCUUGUCGUCAUGGCAUAUGAUCGUUAUGUAGCCAUCUGCAAUCCACUACAUUAUGAGAUAGCAAUGAACAAAAAAGUCUGUGUCCAAAUGGCAACCAAUGCAUGGAUGGGUGGCCUUUUCUACUCUGCUCUCUAUACUGGAAAUUUAUUCACAAUGGAAUUCUGUUCCAGAGUCAUCAAUCAAUUCUUCUGUGACAUUCCUCAGUUGCUCCAGAUCUCCUGCUCUGAUUCAUACUUCACCAAAUUCUGGACUCUCAUCUUUGGUUCUUGUUUAGGAUUCAUUCAGUUUGCUGUAAUUGCUUUUUCUUACAUGCAGAUCUUCAGAGAAGUUUUUAGAAUCCCAUCCUCCCAAGGAAAACAAAAGGCCUUGUCUACUUGCUUACCCCAUCUCACAGUCAUUUGUUUGUUUGCGGUAAGUGGUACCCUUGCCUAUUUCAGUCCAACAUCUACCACCUCUUCAGCCUUAUAUCCAUUUAUAUCAAUAUUUUACUGUGUGGUACCGCCACUCUUAAACCCACUAGUUUAUAGCAUGAGGAAUAAGGAACUCAAAAUGGCAUUCUGGAAACAAAUUCUCAAUAUUUGUCCUAAUUCCUUGUGCAAAAAUCAUUCUUGGUUUCAACUAUUCUGAUAAACUGUAACAUAGACAUGUUGUCAUCAGAAACAUAUACAUUUCAUGUCAAUGUGUAAAUUUAGCAUAUGCGUCUCAUCCCUAUGCAUGUUUCAUCAAGAUAGAAAUUAUUUUUACCAGGUAUAAUUCCCAGUAAAUCUGCCUAUAAUUGUAACAUAAAUCUCUUCCAUUAAAUAUCUAAUGAAAUAUAGAUUUAUCAAUAAUGUAUUAUUUUUUCUGUUUAUUUUUUAAUGCUAUGAGGAAAAAAUAUCUUACCAUUUUGCUUAUUACAUAUGCAUAUAAUUGCAGGAAUGGCUAGUUUUUUCUACAGUCAUCCAUCCAUGUUAACUACGUGGCAAUGGAUUACAAUGAUGUUUCAUUUAUUGUGGAGAUAUUUUAAAGGACUUUGUUUGGCAAGCAAGUUUCUUUUACAAAACCUGGCAUAGUGCAUAGGGAAAAAGGGGAAUAUGAGUGAGAAUAAAAUUUGCAGAAAUUAUAAAUUAUUUGUUUAUGCCCCACGUUGUAGAAAGGUGGAAUUGAACUGUUUGAAGUAUCUGUAUUUAAGCAGUGGUCUCUGAACCUCUAUUUAAUGCAUCAAGGACUUACUUUAAUUUCAGAUUUUAGGCAAGCAGUAAACCAAAACUAAAGGGUAAAAUCCAACAAAUUUGUAAGUACAUCAUGAUCAAUGAAGUGUCAGUUCUACUAGAAAGAAGUACUCAGCAUUAUUUUAAAAUAAAUAAAUAAAAACAAA